AAAGAAUGAGGAACUUAAAUCAGUCAACUUUUAUCGGAUUUAAAGUAUUUUAAAGUAAGUAACCUUCUUUGAAUAUCCGAAUAACUCAUACUAAUCAAUAUUCUAAUUGCAGAUCAAGCAUAGAUAACUUUUCAAAAAAUAUAGACAGUACCUAUAAUUAGCGUCGAACGUUUGGAUUGGAGAAUAAAGUGAGUUAUACCUCAUUCAAAGCAACUAGUAGUACAAAUACAUAAAGACUUUAUGGAGAUUUUUUCACUUGGAAUAAAGAAUUAACAUCUCCAAUAACUCCAAUAACUCCUUUAAUCCCACCCUCAGUACCUCCCUAAGAGACACCAGCAAUGCCACCUUCAAUAAAAAUUCUCAAUGAUUCUGUAACUAGUUCAAGUGAAACAUAAAUGAUUAGUCCUGAAAGUUUGAGUGAAGAGAAAAUUCCGUUGUCUCUAAUAAUUGGUUAGGCAGAUAAUGGGAAAACGUAUAUAAUGAGAAAGAUUUUUGAUGAGGAGACCAAAAUAGAACUGUUUUAGCCAAUACUAUCAAAAGAAUUGAAAUAUUACUUUGUCGAUACUUAGUCCUUUGAUUUUGAUUCAGAUUACGACUUAAGAGAUGAACAGAUUAAUAAUUACAAAAUAUUGUUCAAUACAUUCCCAAAUAGAGUGAGAUCAAUUUUGAUAGUGGUUAAUUUUGAGAGGACUGAUCUAAUGAAGAAAAAAGUCCUAAAUAUUAAUAAAGAAUUUUAGAGAUUCAAGAACUUGUAUACUAUAAUAAUUACUAAGUUUCAUUUGAGCGAAAAUGUCGAAAAGGAUAAGGAAUAACUAAAGAAAAGUUUUUAGUUUUUGAAUCCAUAAGAUAUUAUCUUCGUUGGUAAUGAUACAAGAAAAGAGUAAUUAUUGAGAGAUUUAAAAUAAAAGAGUUUGCCACCUUUAGAGGAUGGUUACGAAUUUAAUUUAGUUGACACUUUAUUUUAGGAGGACGAUGAGGAUGAAUAGAAUUAUAUAUUAAAUGAAUUACAAAAUAGAUUUAUUUGA